GAGUGCCAUUCAGUGACCACCAAUUCAUCCACGAAUUGAUCCACGAAUUCAUGUAUUGUCUGCAGUGACGAGUGAACCCAACCCACAGUCACACCAUUGAGGCAACAGUUUAUCAAUUAGUGAAUCCAGAGUCAACACUAUUGACACAUUGGUUGGACUCUCAUUCCCAGCCAUUGCUGCCAUUUCUGUGACCCAAACACCACUCAUCACCACUCAGUCACUUCCAUAAUGGAGACAACUAUUACUGUGACAUCAAAUGACACGAAAUCUGCCGAAGAAUCGGACGAAGCGAUAGUGAAAGAGAGCGGCGAACAAGACCUGAAG